GUUAGAGCGUGUGUGCUGUUCUUCAAAUCGGUCAGAGAUCUUAAGGAGAUCUUAGAGAUCCUCUACUUCUUUACUUCGGGUUGUAGAGCUGGACCAGUCGGGUGAAACUGAAGCGGACCCGAAUCCGGAGCUAACCCGGGUGGACGUGGGUUUGGUUCUGAGUGAUCCUAGUAUGGCGUUGUCUCUAUCAUGAGCCUCGUCUCUGUGGAGUUCGCCCCACCCCGUACCGUACGUCUGUUGUCAGUUCUUCGGGCUUGGAUCAUGCUUCGUCCCGCCGGUGGUGCAAUGUCGCGGGGCUCCAAGGAUGGGGGGGCGUACCACCUCUCCAGCCCCCUCCGCCUGCGCCUGAGCCCCUGGAUGUGGUCUCUGACUCUAGGAUGUAUCACUGGGUCUGUGUGGAGUUCUUCUCCCAAGGGGUGGCAGGAUAACAACGUGGCUGCCGCCAGACCUCCAGGCCAGGCUACGUCCUAUACGUACCCCGAGCAUCAACUCCACGGGACGCGGCAUCAGUCCUCUGCAUCUGUCUCCAUCUACCACUGGCCAUCCUCACUGAGGGGUGGCCACGCUGGGACCACCUAUAUCUUUGGGAAAGGAGGAGGCCUCAUCACGUUCAAAUGGCCAGCCAACGAGAGGCCCAGCACGCGUACAGACAGGCUGACCGUGGGGUUCAGUACCUCCCUAAAGGACGGCAUCCUGGUCCGGAUAGACAGCGCUCCAGGUCUUGGAGACUAUCUCAUGCUCCACAUCGAACAAGGGAAGAUUGGUGUGACGUUUAACAUUGGCACAAUGGACAUCAGCGUGAGAGAGAAUAGUACACCAGUGAAUGACGGGCUGUACCAUGUGGUACGCUUCACCAGAAAUGGGGGUAACGCCACACUCCAGGUGGACAACUGGUCUAUCAAUGAACACUUCCCAGGAGCGACGACCGAUAAUGAACGUCUUGAAAUUGCCACUAAGAAAUUCCCUUUGAAAUACGCCCGGCCAGUAGUGGAUUGGCUACAGGAGAAAGGCCGGCAGCUUACCAUAUUCAACACCCAGGCCUUGGUGACCAUCGGUGGCAGCGACCGCAGUCGGCCCUUCCAGGGACAGCUGUCCGGCCUCUACUACAAUGGCCUGAAGGUCCUCAACAUGGCCGCCGAGGGCAACCCCAAUAUCAAAAUCAACGGCAGCGUCCGGUUGGUGGGUGACACGCCCUCUGUGGCCGGGUCGGCCCGCACCACCGCCCAGCCGCCCGAGUUAUCCACCACCUUUAUUGAGACCACCACCAUCAUGUCCACCACCACCACCCGCAAGCACCGCUCCUCUCCCACCAUACAGCAGACGCCAGACGACAUGGUGUCUUCAGCAGAGUGUUCCAGUGAUGACGAGGACCUGGAGGAGUGUGACUCUGGCCGUGCAGGUGAAUUAGUCAUCCCUGUACUCUUAGAGGACCAAUUAGUGUUACCCCCGUCCAUCCCCCUCCCAACCCUCUGCCCACCCCUCACCAUAAUUGAAACCACCAAAGAGUCCCUGUCCAAGGCCACUGAGGCCGGGGUACCUUGCUUGUCGGACCGAGGCGGUGAUGAUUGUGAUGAUUGUGAUGAUGAUGAUGAUGGCUUGGUGAUAUCUGGGUAUGAUUUCAACUCUAACCUGCCUCCUACUGAUGAUGAAGAGCUUUACGCCACCUUCUCCUUGGUAACAGAUAAGACCUUGUCCACGUCGGCUUUUGAAGGUGGCUACAAAGCUCACCAGCCCAAGUGGGAAACCAAGGACUUUAGACCUAACAAACCAUCCUCAGACCGCGGUAGGACUACCACUACCGCCGUGCUGCCACUAGCACCCGACCAGAGCCGCUACACCUCCACCGCAGCCCUGCACCACACACCACCCGCCAAGCUGCCUGCCGGCAAAAUGAAUAACCGCGAGCUAAAACCCCAGCCAGACGUAGUGUUGCUCCCGUUGCCCACCCUACCCUAUGAGGUAGACAGUACCAAGCAGAGGGCUCCUGUAAUAACCUCCCCCAUGUUCCAUACUGUACCCACAGCCCUGCCCACCCAGCCCGUCAUCAACAGAGUCCCGGGACCACCGGAAGUGUCCCGCCAGUCUAGCAGCACCAUCGGGAUGGUCGUGGGGAUCGUGGCAGCCGCAGCCCUGUGCAUCGUCAUCCUCCUGUACGCCAUGUAUAAGUACAGGAACAGGGACGAGGGUUCCUACCAGGUGGACGAGAGCAGGAAUUACAUCACCAACUCGGCAACGCAGAGCAACGGAGCCGCCGUGAAGGACAAACAGCAAAGCUCGAAAGCUGUCAAAGGAAAACAGAAAAACAAGGACAAGGAGUAUUACGUUUGA